AUGGCUUCAGAAGAAAGUCCUUUGCUGGCGCUCGCAGCCCAUGAAGCUAUUUAUAACAGAUUCGCGCCACAUCAAAAGAUGUCGAUUCUGUUCCAUGUGUCCUUUGCGGGUUUGUUGGCUAUGUUUGUCCAAGUGACGUUCGUGCCUUCGAUCCCUCGGAUAGCUAAAGAUCUCGACUUAACGGAUGCUGUCGUCAGGCUCGAAGAUUCUUAUGCGUGGAGUGACUCCUUCCGUCCAGCGCGAGCCCUGGUUCUUGGACUACACGACAGUCAUCGCCUGCCUGACUUCCCAUACACUCGGGCAUCUAGCUCUUUCUCUGCUGCCGUACAACUGUAUCCCCGAUCAUCACAACUUAAUACCGCAGAGGUGCGGCAUCGGCGUUUUCGUGAUAUCUCACUUUGGUGUCAUUUUGGUUGUGAUGCCUUUCAGAGCGUUCACCAUGUGUUUGCUCUCUACCCGGCCUUCUUGGCUAUCCGUCAUGCGUAUAGCGAGCAGCUGUGUGACGAGUCCUCCUCGCUCCUUGAGGGUAAGACUACCGAUCGUGUUCGGGAGGUCUUGGAACUGGCGGCUCGGCACUUAUUUUCUGACGACGCGGGGCUUUGGCCACAAUAUCGAAUGCGUUCUUACGCGAGUGUGGUACCCCCACUUGCACGUAUUGUGCGCGACAUGAGUGAGACAGAAGUGGGUGUAUUACCCCUACAGUCACAUGGUAUGGGCAACUUUGCAUCUAGCAAUGCGGGUGUCUUAUCCCCGCAGCUGGACAGUGCGAUGAUAGAACCUGGGCUAUUGUCACGAUUAGCACAGGCAUGGCACGCGCAUAGUACCCGGUUUGCAGGACAUUUGGGGGACUACAAACGACGUAUGAGGUCUCUCAAUGCCGCUCCUUCUCACAAAGUGACAUACAAGUCCUUGGACACUUAUGCUUAUCUGUUGCCGGCGAGUUUGCUGUCUUUACUUUGA